AGAGGAGAGCGUCGGUGAACAGACACGCUGUCUUGAGUCACUUGGAAAAGCAACGCCACAGUGAGUGGCGGCCGUGGCGCACAGAGACUCCAGCGGCCUGGAGUAAUUACCAGGAAAAUAAAGCAGAAAACCCGGAGUAAAACGCAGACACCAGAGAGCGGAGGGUGCGCAGUUUGUGGAUACCUGCGCGCCUUCACUCCGGCGGCAGGUGCACCACAGUCCCUCUCACGAGACAGAGUUUCUUUCGGUCCGGGGAAGGAACCGAGAGAAGAAGACAUUUCCUGGGAUUAUUUCUCCCGUGUCUCCGCAAAAGCUGCACGCAAACUUUGCCGCAGGCUCCUGCUUUGACCAGACAAAAACAAUUCGAAGGGGGGAGUUUAAAUCCUUUAAAUUCCUUUUAGUCUGUUUCCAAACGCGGAUAACCCGGGACACCACCUCGAAUUCAGCUGAACUGUAAACUUGUGUCACGCAAACCGGAGUCUUUUCCAUCGUCGUCCCUCUCUCUGUGUUUAUCUGUUUUAAAUGUUUUGAAAAAGAAGACGGACAAUGCCUGGAUUAUUACAGCCGCUGCCUCUGGGGAGAGGUGAGGAGUGAGGGAAGCCAGAGAGAAAGAGAGGAAGAAGGAGGGAAGUCGGUGGCGAAGGGCUGUCGUGCUCGACUUCGUUUGCUCUCCCUCCUAUUUUCUCUUUACUGGAUACAGGGACACACGCAUCCAGAGACGCACGGGGAGGACCUGCGUUCACACCCUGGGUCGGUGGGAGGUGACUGUCAGAAGAAAUGCCGGUCCCAGGUGCCCUAGCACAUCACCACCGGGACCAUGGCAACUCCUUGGCCAAUGAAAAGAGAGAGGUGCUCCCAUGGCUCCGCCUGCCUUGCUAGGUGGUCGGCGUUGUCCUUGAUGCUCCUAUGGUUGCCCUGGGUGUUGCUCUGGCAGCCGUUGCCCGCCCGAGCUGAACAAGCGGGCGGCGGCGGCGGGGGACACGGCGGGAAGGCCCUCGCCGGGUCCCUAGCGUCCUCCUCGUCCUCUUCGUCGUCCUCCUCGUCCUCUUCCUCCAGCUCCUCACUGUGGGGCUUCAACACGAGGCAGAGUGAAGGGCAGCUGGAUUGGCUGCUGUCAGAGAAGGGACCUUUCCACAAAUGUCCGGAGUACACGGACUUCAGGGAUCGCUUUCAGAACGGAUUUACGACCAGAUACAAGAUUUACAGGGAGUUCAGCCACUGGAAACUGAACAGCCUGGCCACCGAGAAGAGAGAUUUCCUCAAAGCUCCUCUGCCCUUAGCGCCAGAGUUCCUGCGCAACCUGCGGUUACUGGGGCGACGGCCAACCCUGCAGCAGAUCUACGAAAACCUCAUCAAGAAGUAUGGGACCCACUUCCUCGUCUCUGCUACCCUGGGAGGAGAGGAAUCUUUGACCAUUUUCCUGGACAAGCAGCAGCUGAGUAAGAAGUCGGAGGGCAGCAGCAACAGCUCCGUGGUGUCGCUGGAGCUUCUCCACCAGCUGGCGGCUUCUUACUUCACAGAUCGAGAGAGCACACUGAGGCGUCUGCACCACCUCCAGAUCGCCACCUCUGCGAUCAAGGUAACUGAAACACGGACGGGCCCUCUCGGCUGCAGUAACUAUGACAGGUUGGAUUCAGUCAGCUCUGUGUUGGUGCACAGCCCAGAAAACAAGAUCCACCUAAAGGGUUUGCAGGAUGUUCUCCCAGAGUUCCUACGUGGGCGUUUUGUGGAGGCAGCACUCAGCUACGUCGCCUGCAACUCUGAGGGAGAGCUGCUCUGCCGCAACAACGACUGCUGGUGCCGGUGCUCGCCACGCUUCCCGGAGUGCAACUGUCCCUUCGCCGACAUCAAGGUCAUGGAGGGGAACCUGAAGAAGAGCAAAGAGGCCUGGAACGGCUUCAACCAGGACUUCAUGGAGUCAGAUGAAUUCAAGGCCUUCCUGAAGCGCUUGCCCACGGACCGCUUCUUGAACGUGUCCACGGUGGCCAAGCUGUGGUCGGCGGACAUGUCCCUCCAGAAGCGCUACGCUCAGCUGGAGUCCACCACCGCCAUGGUGGUCGGAAAGGCCCAGAAGAUCAUCAGGAAGCUGUUCACGCUGAGCAAACGCUGUCCCAAGCAACCUCGCAUCAGCCUGCCCCGAGAGAGGUCUGCUGGGUUUUGGCUGAGCAAGGCCCAGUCGCUGCUAUACUGCAAUGAGCAUGGCGUACUGGGUUCCUUCUCUGAGGAGGUGAAGAGCUGCAGCUGCCCCGCGGAGCAGCCCACCUGCCAGGGAGCCAUUCCCUGUGUCGUGGGCACCUCGCCCACCUCCUGCUCCUCCUGCGCCGCCGACAACUCCACCCGCUGUGGAGCCUGUCACCACGGCAACUUUCUCCAUCUUGGUUCCUGCCACCCGAGCAUUGCUGCAUCCCUAGACCACUACCUGAACUUUGACCUGGACAUGCCUGAUGCAGAGGUGAAGUACCUGCUUCAGAGACUGGACAGCAGAAUAGAGGUCCAUGCCAUCUACAUCAGCAAUGACGUGCGCCUGGGGAGUUGGUUCAAUCCUGGCUGGAGGAAAAGAAUGCUGCUGACGCUCAAGAGCAACAAAAACAAGUCCAAUCUCAUCCACAUGCUGAUGGGCAUUUCUUUCCAGAUAUGCUUGACUAAGAAUUCCACGCUGGAGCCCGUGCCUGCGAUUUAUGUGAAUCCUUUUGGCGGGAGUCACUCAGAGAGCUGGUUCAUGCCAGUGAACCAGCCCGACUUCCCUGACUGGGAGAGAACUCGACUGGACGCCGUUGUCACGGCACAGUGUUACAACUGGACACUGUCUCUGGGCAACAAGUGGAAGUCCUUCUUUGAAACGGUGCACAUCUACCUGCGAAGCCGCAUUGUCACGGAUGACCCGACGGCGAAUGAGACUCUCUUCUAUGAACCGAUGGACUUGGAUGACCAGACGUCAAACCUGGGGUACAUGAAGAUCAACACGCUAAAGGUGUUUGGAUACAGCAUGCACUUUGACCCGGAGGGCAUCAAGGAUCUGAUUCUCCAGCUUGACUAUCCCUACACGCAGGGGACGCAGGACGCGGCAUUUCUGAUGCUGCUGGAGAUGAGAGACCGGAUUAACCGCCUCUCUCCACCAGCGCCGCAACCGCUGGACCUGUUUUCUUGUCUGUUGCGUCACCGACUCAAGCUGUCAGCGGGAGAGGUGGUGCGCAUCAAGGAGGCUCUGCAGAUCUUUAACUCCAAGCUUCCCAAUGCAUCUCCUGAACCUGAGCUGGCGCAACUGUGCAGCUAGCUAACCAGCUAAGAAGACAAGGCGGGAUCUGGAGCGACACGACGCAUGGAAGAUUGAGUUGUGGCUUCAGAGGGAGUCAAACUUGACUUCCUGUCUUUAUGGACCCUUCUGGAGUGAAGGAACAUCCAACUCUCAAGGCGGACUGGGCAUUUUCCUGUGGUUUAUCCUGGCUGGUUUUCUGGUGCCACGUUUUUAUUACAAAUUGCUACCAGAGCCCUUUGAUAGAAAGUAGAUUAUUAUAUCAGAGACGGACAGAUACAUAGACACUUAUGCAGAGGUACCACUGUCCCAGCCUGGGAGUUCAAGUUUGCCGUUACUGCCCUGCUUUUGGAAAACUGAACGACUGGUUGAAGCUACAGACUCUCACACUUACACUUGCAGCUUUUUUGAAAUGGAGUCUCAGAGAGCUGAUGUCAUUAAGUAUACAUAAGACCCCCUGCCUUGCAAAGAUGAAGCUGAUUUUCAUAUGUAAAGAUGAACUCCUAAGGGGUCUUGAAGUUCAUGGAGAGUGGAUUUCCCCUUUUCUACGCCUAUUUUCUUUGGCUACAGAACAAUCUCUGGGGACGGGCAAAUGGGAAAAUAUUAUAUGUGUUGAAUGAGUUGUUAUGUUAUGCUUAACAGUUUAAAAUUUGAUAAUCCUGAACCCUCGUUACUGUCUUUGAAUAUUUCUUUUCGAUCCCUGCCUUUAUUUUAUAUCUGUUUGUUUUUUCCUGGCAUUUGAAAAACUCGUAAGUGUCUAUGCUUAACAUUUUGAGUGAGAAGCCAGUUAGUGAUGUUCUGUCCUUGGUGGCGUGUCAAUACCGAAAGAAGGUGAAAACAGCAGCAGCAAUCUGAAUGGAAAAAUAUCUAAAAAUGAGGACUUUUUUAAAAAACAAAAAAAAAGCUGGAAAAUCACAACAAAAACUUCUGAUGUGGUCACGGAGAGGAAACGCUGUAAAUAACGCUCCAUCUAACUCCAGGUGUGGACAAGUGCACAUUGCUUUUUAGAUAACCAAGGGCAAAGACCAAAAAAAUGUUUAUAACAAAACAAAUUCAUGCCUUAUAUGGAAAAUUUAAUGUUAAGACAAGAAGCACAUUUGGUUUUUGUGUUUGACUUCUCAGCGCAGGCUGUAUUGCUUUUUAUAUUUCAGUAUUUCUACCAAGACAGAACAGCAAACACGUUCUCCAGGAUAAUGUGGUGAUGUAGCUUUUUUCCAUGUAAAUGCCAGUCACACUUUCUGCAGAUACUUGUUUUGAUUUUGGUGUCGUGAAACUAUCUUGAGUCACUAUCACACACACGCACACACACACACACACAGUGCACACCGGUACUUUCCGUAAUUACUCUGCAAAAGCCUUCUAUUAGACGAAAUCUCAGUGACUGAAUUAUAAAUUAAAAAGGUUUUUUAAUUGUUUGGUUUAGUCUCAGGUCAAUGAAACUUUUUUGUCUGUUCAUUUUCUUUCUUUUUUUUUUGUUUACACGCGGGUCCAGUGUCGGCUGACAUUUACCACAGCUUUUCCGCAGGAUGAUACUUGACAUGAUUUUACAUUAAAUUCACAAAUUUGUCCCUGGAAGUCGGUAAAAAAAAAAACCUUGUACUAUGUCAUUUUCAGCUGUUCUCCUGUGCUCAGCUUGCUUCAGUAAAAACAAAGUGGUUUAUCUAUCUGGCAUUCUUUUCAUUGUUUCAAAACUAGUUUUCAGUCCUCACUGUUAUAACGUGUACAAUGAAAUACUAAAUAUAUAUAUAUUGCCUACCACAGUAUCUGUUGUCCUUUGGGGGUGUCGACAACUCAGAUGUAUGUAUUUACAUGGGAGAAAAUCCACCCACACUGAUUUGGUGAGAACAUGGCACGUCGCUAAUGUGAACAGGUGGAGGCGGGAUGUGGUGUUGAUGCAAGGGUGAAAUUCAGCCAAAAUGCUGAAUAAAAAGCAGUAUUCAUGAGUUCAGACUGCAUUUUUGUGAUCACAAAAAAUCACAGGGAAAAACAAGCCACCGGCCCAAUAUUGUGAUUAUAUUUAAUAUUAACUGUCACUCAAUUUAGCUUUACUUGUCCAACAUUCUGUCAAUGUUUCAAGCCAAGUGAGUAAAUGAACUGAUUUCUAAAAUAAUAAAGUUAAACAUGGCAUAAUAA